UGUUGUUGUGCCGGAAGUGAAGCGUGUUGUCGGCAGCGCAACGAUGGCGAGUGCUACAGCGAAACAACCCGCGAAAACUGCAAGCAAAGCCGCGUCCGGAGGGACCGGCGGAGCCGCAGUGGGAGCACCGGCGAUGCCGCUCGCCUCUCCGCUCAUGGGCGGCUUGAAUAAGAAGAAGAAGCCGUUUCUCGGCAUGUCUGCGCCGCUGGGUUACGUGCCCGGUCUGGGUAGAGGUGCCACAGGUUUCACCACGCGAUCUGAUAUCGGUCCCGCUCGCGAUGCCAAUGACCCAGUAGAUGAUCGGCACGCACCCCCUGGGAAGAGGACGGUGGGCGAUCAGAUGAAGAAAAACCAAGAGGAUGAUGACGAGGAUCUGAAUGACACUAACUAUGAUGAGUUCAACGGCUACGCAGGCAGUUUGUUCUCCAGUGGGCCGUAUGAGAAAGAUGAUGAGGAGGCGGAUGCCAUCUACGCCGCACUGGAUAAGCGCAUGGAUGAGAGACGCAAAGAAAGAAGGGAGCUGCGAGAGAAAGAGGAGAUAGAGAAAUACCGUAUGGAGCGGCCCAAAAUUCAGCAACAGUUCUCAGACCUGAAGAGGAAGCUGGCUGAGGUCACAGAAGAUGAAUGGUUGAGUAUUCCUGAGGUUGGUGAUGCCAGGAACAAGCGUCAGAGGAAUCCCCGCCAUGAGAAGCUCACACCCGUGCCGGACAGCUUCUUUGCCAAGCACCUCCAAACUGGAGAAAAAAACACUUCUGUUGACCCACUGCAGGGGCAAUUUGGCGGGCUAGCGACAUCCUUCCCAGGAGGCUUGAACACACCCUACCCAGGAGGCAUGACGCCUGAAGCUGGAGAGCUGGACAUGAGGAAGAUCGGACAGGCCAGAAACACUCUGAUGGACAUGAGGCUCAGUCAGGUGUCUGACUCUGUGAGUGGACAGACAGUUGUUGAUCCUAAAGGCUAUCUCACCGAUCUCAACUCCAUGAUCCCCACUCAUGGAGGAGACAUCAGUGAUAUUAAGAAGGCCCGUCUCCUCUUGAAGUCAGUGAGAGAAACAAACCCUCAUCACCCGCCCGCGUGGAUCGCUUCUGCCCGUCUGGAGGAGGUGACCGGGAAGCUGCAGGUGGCCAGAAACCUGAUCAUGAAAGGCACUGAGAUGUGUCCCAAGAGUGAGGAUGUUUGGCUAGAAGCCGCCCGGCUGCAGCCUGGAGACACGGCGAAGGCGGUAGUUGCCCAGGCGGUGCGUCACCUCCCUCAGUCUGUGCGCAUCUAUAUCAGCGCCGCGGAGCUAGAGACGGACAUCAGGGCCAAGAAACGAGUGCUCAGGAAAGGUCAGUGACUCUCUCGCGAUAUUGCGAUUAUGGCGUUAUCGCGACAGCCCUACUUAUAUGGGCUCCUUGUAUCAUUUGAGCUGGAGGAGCCAGAGGACGCUAGGAUCAUGUUGAGUAGAGCAGUCGAGUGCUGUCCUACCAGUGUUGAGCUCUGGCUGGCUCUGGCCCGAUUAGAAACCUAUGAGAAUGCCCGUCGUGUUCUGAACAAGGCCCGUGAAAACAUUCCUACUGACCGCCAUAUCUGGAUCACAGCUGCCAAGCUGGAGGAGGCCAACGGCAACACACAGAUGGUGGAGAAGAUCAUCGACAGAGCCAUCACCUCCCUGAGGGCCAACGGCGUGGAGAUCAACCGCGAACAAUGGGUUCAGGAUGCAGAGGAGUGUGAUAAGGCUGGCAGCGUGGCCACAUGUCAGGCUGUGAUCAGAGCUGUGAUUGGGAUUGGCAUUGAAGAGGAGGACUGCAAACACACAUGGAUGGAGGACGCAGACAGUUGUGUGGCUCAUGGAGCUCUGGAGUGUGCGCGGGCCAUCUACGCUCAUGCGCUCCAGGUCUUCCCCAGCAAGAAGAGCGUCUGGCUGAGGGCCUCUUACUUUGAGAAGAACCACGGUACACGAGAGUCGUUGGAGGCUCUGUUACAGAGGGCCGUGGCUCAUUGUCCUAAGGCUGAGGUGUUAUGGCUAAUGGGUGCUAAAUCGAAAUGGUUAGCGGGCGACGUUCCUGCAGCCAGAAGUAUCCUGGCUUUGGCUUUCCAGGCUAACCCCAACAGCGAGGAGAUCUGGCUGGCUGCCGUGAAGCUGGAAUCGGAGAAUAACGAGUACGAGAGAGCCCGCAGGCUGUUGGCCAAGGCCCGCAGCAGCGCCCCCACCGCCAGGGUGUUUAUGAAGUCGGUGAGGCUGGAGUGGGUGCUGGGGAAUAUUGACGCAGCACAGGAGCUGUGUACGGAGGCCUUGAGGCACUAUGAGGAUUUCCCCAAGCUUUGGAUGAUGAGAGGACAGAUCGAGGAGCAGUCAGAGAACAUCGAUAAAGCACGAGAGGCCUACAACCAGGGACUGAAGAAGUGCCCUCAUUCCAUGUCAUUAUGGCUCCUUCUGUCUCGGCUGGAAGAGAGAGUCGGGCAGCUCACACGCGCUCGAGCCAUCUUAGAGAAAGCUCGCCUCAAGAAUCCACACACCCCUGAGAUUUGGCUGGAGUCUGUCCGACUUGAAUACAGAGCGGGAUUGAAAAACAUCUCCAACACGCUCAUGGCCAAAGCCCUUCAGGAGUGUCCUAACUCUGGCAUCCUGUGGGCUGAAGCCGUGUUCUUGGAGGCCAGACCUCAGCGCAAGACCAAGAGUGUUGACGCUCUGAAGAAGUGUGAACAUGAUCCUCAUGUACUUCUGGCAGUUGCCAAAUUGUUUUGGAGCGAGAGGAAGGUAACAAAGGCGCGAGAGUGGUUUCUGCGGACGGUAAAGAUUGAACCAGACUUGGGCGACGCCUGGGCGUUCUUCUGCAAGUUUGAGCUUCAGCACGGCACAGAAGAGCAACAGCGGGAGGUGAAGAAGCGCUGUGAGAACGCGGAGCCGCGGCACGGUGAGCUGUGGUGCGCUGAAUCCAAACACAUUCUCAACUGGCAGAAGAACAUCGCAGAGAUCCUGGUCCUCGUGGCUUCAAAGAUCAAAAACACCUUCUGAGAUUCACAAAUCUGAGCAUGUUUGGUUUAGCAAAUAUGUUGUUUUUAGAGAAUCUGUGGACAAGGUUUGGUUUGGUUUUGUUUUUUCUACAGCCAUUUUUAAUGUGUUUGCCCCUCUGUAACUGUGAUGAUUCAGGGCUGUUUUCAUAACACAUGCUGUUAUGUUCAGGGUGUUGUAAAGUCUAGUCACACCCAGAGAUAUGAGUCCAUUUUGAACAUUAAUAUCUGACACCCUCUUACUCUUCUUCUCAUUAUGCUAAUGUGUAAAUGUGCUGCUUAUCAGAAAAUAAAUGAAGUCCAGUCUGUUUCAGAUGUCAAUGCUCCUGUGCUGGUGAUUUUGGUAUUUCUCAGUCAUUCUAGUUUUAUGUUGGCUUGAUAAAUCCAGCAUUCUAUAA